AUGGAUAAUUAUUACGCUGAUAACUUAUUUAUUAAAAUAAACAGUUCUGAUCCAGAAGUUAAAUCCUUCAAGUCCCUGCCGUUCUUGGCGGAUCAAAUCGUCGAGGCCCUCAAUCGUUUCGAGACGUUAAACAACACAGUGAAAGUGUUCCUCAUAAGGAUGCUGGCAGUCGUGUUUGACAGGGAGGUGAAUUUCGCGAAGAUUUUCUCAAGAAAAGGCGACAUGCUUGCCCAAGCGUUCCAUCAGAUCAACUGCCCCACUAUGAAUUCCAGUUUGCGCGUGGCUUAUAUGGAAGUAGCGCUCACACUCGUGAACCACGAUUCGGGUGUUUAUUGGUUGUACGACAGUGGCGUCUGGAAACAGAUCCUGUUGCUUUGCAAUGAGAAGCGAACAGUGUUUGUCCUACGAAUGACCUACAAAUUCGCAUCUACGUUUAUGUGGGAGCUUAACAGAUUUAGCGACGCAUCGAAACUCAAAGCCGUACUCGAGUACAUCAUGAAGCCGGUUCUGGAGACCGAUUAUUUAUCGGUCGAUUCGAUGACCAGCGAGAAUGAAGUUGAAAUCGGCAAAACUGUCGAGCCCAUGCUGCAAAUGUUACUGUCAAUAGUAAGCAACAUUGAGGAAAUAAGGAAAGAGAACAAUAUGCUUACGGAGAUCUUAAUAAAGGAGUCGAAUGUCAUAAACUAUUGCUAUGUGCUUUUAGACAAACUGCGCAGGGAAGAUAUGACGCUGCUACUGACAAAAAUACUUUUCUCAAUGUCGGUUGCGAAAGUUAUUAACACAAAACCAAUAAUAGACAACACUACGUACGACAGGAACGCGUUUGUAGACCUUGGUUGUACCUACCUUAAUAUUCUUCAGUACCUAAUCCAAAGGCGCAGCCCGACGUUAGUUUUCGAUUUCUGCAACGCCUGCAGUGCCAUUUGGACUUCAGCGUGGGAAGGCAAGCCGCCCGCAGUGUGGGUGAUGGACGGCAAAAGGGUUGAACUGCACAAUCAGAUCGUGGUUAUUACUCUAGUGCCGUCAAUGGUGUAUGCAAAUCUUGGGAAGCCCAAAUCAUUUCUAUCGAACGAUAGGGUAGAUAGCUACAUGUUGAAACUAAUGAACUUAAUGUGUGAGCACACCGCUAGGGCGGCAUACGCUCUUAGGGAUUUGACACUACAACUGGACCCGCUGUCAAUAACAUUGCAGAGCGUGAAGAGGCUUGGUUGUUGGAGGAAGAGCUUUAGCAGUGAGCAGGCAAAUAUAGUUUUCCAAGCGCUUUUUUAUGUACUAAAAGAGUAUGAGCCUUUAGACGAUGAUUCAGAGAUAAGAGACAAACCAAAUUUUGAAGACAGCAAGCAGAAGAACCUCGUGAUGACGUACGUCCUGGAAACGCUCUUGACGUUGGUGCAGUCGUAUAAUAUAACGUGGGAAGAGAGCUUAGAAGUAUUAUGUCUUUACACCAUGGUGUAUAACAUAUUAAAAAGGCCCAAUUUGCCCUGCAAGUUCGUGGUGACUGCGAUUAAUGUGAUUGCCAUGACGGUGAAGAAGUUCCUGCCGCCGAAUCUGUCGCUGCUGAUGGAUUUGAAGCCGGGCUCCUCGAUGCACGAGCUGGGCAAGCUCAUAUACAUUAAGCUGCACGAUAACGAUUGGGAGGUGCGCGACUCAGCGCUCGAGCUGCUACUGGUGUGCACGGACAUAUCGUUCAUAAAGUUCCCGCCGUUUCAAAAUCAAAUAAUAACGAACAAUCUGAUCACCGUCGCGGCCACGAUGGCGCUAAACGACCACGAGUUCUACGUGCGUGCCUCGGCACUGCGAUGCCUGGGCGCCGCCUCCGUGGUCUCCGCAAUAUGGGAGCAGCUCAUAGAGUCCUUCCCCAACAUUAACGACAUGAUUCUGUCCACACUUCUUACGAAUCCUGAGGGCAUAGUACGAAUGGAGGCGUGCAACCUUCUUUGCGAAAUUUAUCAAAACAUCAAAAUAUCGCCGGAAUUCAAGCAGGUGCUGUACGAGAGCAUGUUGUCCGCGGCGCUGAACGAUUUCCACUGGGAGGUCCAACUGAGCGCGCUCAGGUUCUGGAAGUUCGUUAUUCGACAGACGCUGCACGCACAGGGAAUGCUUGACGGCACCUUUCCACCUGUCACUUUCUCGAAGGAGUCGCGCAAAAUCAUCACCCUGAACGAGGUUGCGAUCCGGAAGCGGCUGAACAAGGCGCUCGAGGAGCUCGCUUCGAUCGGCUGCCUCACGGUGCUGGUGAAGUUGCUGCAGGACGACUCCGAAGUGGACAUAAUGGAGUCCGCGCUCCAGAUAUCCACGGAUCUUUGCGACAUACUCGACCGCUACCGAGUGGCCGACACCCUGAAGCCCACUGAGGGAGAACCGAGCAGCGUCGAGCAGCUCGACUGUCGGAUCAAACUGAGGGACUACGGCUGCGCCGAACAACCGGGUCUGGAGCCUGAGGCCGCGACCGAAGCGGACAACGUCAUCGAGGGCAUACUGAACGUGGACGACGUGAAUCUGCUAACGAAGAUGUACGAAAGGCAGCUGAAUCUUCAGAACGAGCCGCGGCCAGAAGAAGCCCAGUCCGAAGGCGCGAAACUGCUCAAGUUCGCGACACCCCACCUGUUCGUCACGUUCAUGAAGAGCAGGGACUUCAGGACGUCGAUCGAGCAGAAGAGGAAAUGGAGGGAGGGCGUCAAGAGCCUGUCAUCGCUGCUGGACGACAUGCUGGGCGUGUACGAGAUCGACGAGAGCGUCAACUCGUUGGAUUGUUAU